AUGCUGUUCGUAGCAGCAGCACAGAGAGAGAGAGAGGUGAUAGAGGGAGACAUGCAACAGAAACAGGAUUCUCAAGGAGGCAAACCCUCCAGCAUCUUGGGAAAGGUAGGGAGGAUAGCCAGUGGCCUGUGUGUGUGUGUGUUACUGUCAAGUGCCAGUGUGGAUGCUUUUUCUGUGCUAUGCUGUUGUGCAUUUGUGUCUACGUGCUUUUAAAAAGAAUUGUUCAUCACCAUGAUUACAGUAUUUGAGAUCCGGCAUCAUCCGCCUCUCUGCAUUUAUAUGUCUUUGUGUGUGUGUGUGUGCCUGUCAUCUGUCUUUGUGGCCAUGUGUGUUUCAGAUUGACUGUUUAAUAGUCACAUGUACAGGAUUGCAGGUGUGAUUGCAGGGUACAGUGAAAUAAAACAAUGAAAAUGGUCAUAAAAAACUAUAGAAAUAGCACUAUAUACAUGAUAACUGUAGCAGUGAUGAAUAAAUACAUGUCCAUUGAGGCAGAGGGGGUGGGGGAUGACCAUUGGGGGAGCAGCAGGCAGACUAAAUGACCAUUGGGGGAGCAGCAGGCAGACUAAAUGACCAUUGGGGGAGCAGCAGGCAGACUAAAUGACCAUUGGGGGAGCAGCAGGCAGACUAAAUGACCAUUGGGGGAGCAGCAGGCAGACUAAAUGACCAUUGGGGGAGCAGCAGGCAGACUAAAUGACCAUUGAGGAGGUGUGGGGACCAAGUUAAAUAAAAUAAUACAUAUUAACAACUGCAACAGUGAUGAAUAUCAUUGGGGUGGGGGCAGAGCAAAAGUCAGUUGAGGAGGUGGGGUGAAAAUGUCCAUAGGGGGAGUAGCAGGGGGGAGGGGUUAGUAGGUAGCUGACUAGUGGUAGCUAUUCAGCAGCCUGAUGGAAUGGGGGUAGAAACUAUUGGCCAGUCUGUUAGUUUUAGCCAUGCUGCUCCUGUACUGCCCGCAUCUGAGUGAUGGAAGCGGGGAGAACAGGGCAUGGCUCGGGUGGCUGAGGUCCCUGAUGAUCUUCUUGGCCUUCCUGUGACACCUGGUGUUGUAUGUGUCCUGGAGGGCAGACAGUGUGCACCCAAUGGUGCAUUUGGCUGCAUGUGUCACCCUCUGAAGUGCCGCAGACCGCGGUGGAGCUGCAGUACCAGGCUGUGAUGCAUCCCGACAGUAUGCUUUCGAAUGGUGCUCCUGUAGAAAACUGUGAGGGCCCUCUGGGACAGGCCAAAUUUCUAUAGCAUCCUGAAGUUGAAGAGUCGCUGUUGUGCCUUCUUCACCACGGUGUCCGUGUGGUUUGACCAUUACAGCUUUUCUAAAAUGUGUACACCAAGGAAUUUGAAGUUAUUGACCGUCUCCACGGCGACCCCGUUGAUGAGGAUGGGGGCGUGUCCAGCCUGGUUCAUCCUGAAGUCCACAAUCAGCUCCUUUGUUUUGCUGACGUUGAGGGAGAGGUUGUUUACCAGGCACCACGCCGUCAGAGUGCCUACCUCCUCCCUGUAGGCCAUCUCGUUGUUCUUGGUAAUCAGGCCUACUACUGUCGUGUUCUCAGCAAACUUGAUGAUGGAGUAGGAACUGUGUGAGGCCACGCAGUCGUGGGUAUACAGGGAAUACAGGAGGGGACGCACCCUUGUGGGGCCGCCGUGUUGAGAAUCAGUGUCGAGGAGGUAAUGCUGCCUACCUUCACCACCUGGAGGCGGCCCUUCAGGAAGUCCAGGACCCAGUUGCAUAGGAAGGAGUUCAGACCCAGGUCCGUGAGCGUUGUAAUGAGCUUAUAGGGCACUAUGGUAUUGAAGGCCGAGCUGUAGUCGACGAACAGCAUGCUCACAUACGCAUUCCUUUUGUCCAGAGGGGUAAGGGGAGUGUGCAGUGCAAUUGUGUAUGUAUGUACGUGCGCCUGUGUGUGUUGGUAUUUAUCUGUGUGUGUCGUCCCGUCCCCCCUCCGUGUUUGUCUGUCAGACGUGUGAAUAAUGAUAACGCUGAGUCUCCGUGUGAUUCGCCGUGACAGCUCCUCUGUUUGUGUGUCGACUGUCUGCACACAUCUCCAUCACCACUGGUUGUGUGGGCGCUCGCCUGUGUCCUGUGGCUGUCGUUGCAAUUUGUUGUAUCUGUGUGUACUUGUGCAUACAUCAUGAACAUCUUUCCGUACUGUGUAUAGCCUUUUAAGGCAUUGUUUGUGUUUUCACAAACAGAAUGUGUGGUGUAAACUGUAUUGCCUGCCAGCAUGUGCAUGCAUGUAGCACCAGUCACAAAUAAAAGGACAUGUUGAAGUGUGCGGUGGGUUUCAGCAUUACUUAUCCGUCAUCCUCUUUUUCUCACCCUCUUCUCUUCCUUCCGUCUCUCUCUCUUCAUGCCCCCCCAGGCGCACCCAGCUCUCAAGGCCUUCAUGUGUGGCUCACUGAGCGGCACCUGUUCCACGCUGCUCUUCCAGCCUCUGGACCUGGUCAAGACGCGCCUGCAGACCCUGCAGAACAACAUGAAGCCUGGGUAUGUAGUGGAGCUCGGCGAUACUGAUAAAAAUCCAUAUCGCGAUACAUUUCAAAUUUAAAAAACUAUUAAAUAACGAUCAAUUAUUAUUUGGGGAGGUGCACAGUUACUCUCCAUUAGCACCCUUUAUACACCAUGUCAAAGAAAUUGCCGUAAUAUAUUAUCCUAAGUUAUUUGGUUACCAGGUGAUCCAGCAUAUGGUUUAAAAGAUGAUAUAACGCUGCUACAGAAAGAGACCUGUAUUUUAAACAUUCAUUUAGUUAUGUAUUUAUUUCUUAUAAAGACUGAUUUAAAAUGUAAUAGUAUUUCAAACUAAGUUCAAAUCCAUUAGUCUAUUGGUGUUUGGUAAUUGCAGCAAAUUAUUUGCUCCAAACACAAUCAAAAUGCAGGCCUUUUUUGUUCAGCUUUAUUACAAUACAUACCGAUGGCGAGUUGAAGUCGAUGGCUGAAACACUGCAGCCUCGUCCUUCCAUUUAGGUUGGUGGCUUUCGCGAUGCUUGCCCCACUGUCCGUUGUGAUACAAAUCCUGCUUCUCCUCCGGCUGAUCCCAGGCUGCUAGCGAGUCCCCCAGCCCCUGUGCCCGUAUCUCCCCAGUGUGGUCCUCUGGAAAGUAGGCAGUCUUCAAGCACCUGCUGCGCAGCUUCCAGUGGGCAUCGAUGUAGUGCAGUGUCAAUGACAUGUAGGGCUUCACCGUCCUAUUGGACCACAUGUCAGUUGUUGUGGCGAAAUAGUGCACCUGUUUCGGCUCCAAUGCUAUUUUGGCAUGACAUUUCUCGUACAUUUUGUAUUUCUUGUCCAGAUUGUUUACCAUCUUCUUGAAACCACUCUAUUCAACUGUUGAAUUUGGGGCCAUGUCUUUUGCGAUGUGGUACGUUACGGCAUCUGUCAUUUCAUUCCAUUGGUUAGUGUGUGUUGCAUGUGCAAACAAUUCCGUAUUGGGUUGUUGUCCCUGGGCAUUGCUCUUGUCAUGACAAGGGCUGUUACGGUGACCAUAUUACCGCCACACCGGCAGUCUCGAGUCAUGACCGCAGUCAAAAUCCACAUGACCAUUGAGUCACGGUAACUAGCCUCCAAAACGGCGCUCUGAUGCCGCUGAUGGUCAUUAGUAGCCUACCAAACUUGCUAACCGCGGCCGGCUUCAUUGUCCCUUUAAAUCACUCUGUUCUUCUGAAAUAGGCUACAUUGUCUUCAGAUCACAAUGUUUCUAUAGACCUGCCUAAAAUAAAUAAUGGAUUUAUUGUAAUGCUGUAAGCUAUAUUAAAUUGAUUUAUUAGACUUAAAAAAUAUAUAGAUGUUCAAAAGAUCUGCAUCAGUGGCUUGUAGGCUAUGAGUGGAAGCCUGAGAUGCUAAACAUGUUUAUGUUAAUUAACGGUCAGUUACCGUUAGACAGGCAGUUAUUUGCAUGACAAUCACCUGCUGACCAAAUUUCAUGACAGCCACAGCCCUAGUCAUGACGCUUGUUGGCCUCUGCUAAUUUUUCUUCGCCAUGCGUUCGUCAUGCUGUAUUGCAUGCCUGGGUUUCAAAUGGUGGAAUACAAUAAGUUGUUGGUGUUACCUCGAGUGGUUGUUAUAGUUAUGUGACAGUUCAAGCACAUCACCUCACUCUGCUCAAUGUCACUAGGUUGAAAACCAAAAUAGGCCCCAACAACAGCAUCCUUCUUUGGCAGUAAUUGUUCUUGGAUUUCUGGGACUGCAGUUUCUUUAUCUCUAUUCAUUUUCCCCCUGCUAAUGAAUGAGGCUACUCACAACAUCACUUCAGAGAACUGCCAUCAACGGGUGUGGGAAGCAUGGGAUGAAAACACGUCUCUGAUUGGCUGCUGUAGUCUUUGUUCAAAUGAAAGGGCAUAGAUGAGUGUUGAGCUCUGGGAGUACCAGGCUUUUUUCUAUUCCGUUUUGCUUUCGUAUAUGCCACGCCGCUCCGUAGUCUAUUCUUUAUGCACACAGGAACAUUGUGUAAUUGCCGAUAUUCUCAAAAUUGCUUCGGUAUGAGUUAGAAAUGUCGGUGUCGGUAAUUUUCGGUUUAUCAUCCCAGCUCUAGCCUGUAGGACUCACGUACACAGAAAGAGCCAGAGACACGCGCGCGCAUGUAUACUUGCAUACACACCGAUACAAACACAGAGAGACCCAAUUCAGUGUAGAAUCCCUCUUCAGUAGCUGUCAGACAGUGUGAAUCCCCUCAUUUGACCCAUAUAUGCUAAUUAGACACACUUCCAUGCUAACAACUCCUCACUAGAAUUUACCCCCAAAGACACGUGUUGGGCACAUAUCUACAGGUGUGCACACCUGGUAGGAAUCUGUCUUUGUAGACUUUUGCUUGUUUUUAAGUAUUCGCUCUCUUAGCUUAAUGAAUGUUGUGUGUGUGUUUAACCAUGUAUUUAUCUCCUGUCUCUCAGAGCUCCUAAGGUGGGGAUGAUGACCGUGCUUAUCCAGGUCAUUCGCACAGAGAGCUUCCUGGGCCUGUGGAAGGGAGUGUCACCGGUGAGUGUCUACUCUAAGCAGUCUGGCUACCCUGUUCGUCUUGUGGUUGUACUUACCCUAUUUUAACACAGUCUGUCUACGAAGUCUGGCUUAGUGUAUCACUUUGGUUCUUAGUGAAUAUUUUUCUAAGAACCAGACAUUCUUAGUAGAUCACAUCACUCUCCAAAAACGACAGGACUUUGUUUCCAACUGUGUUUUCUUUUGUGUGAACAAUAGCGGUGGUGCAUAAAGAUGGCGGCCCGUGUACUUACCACAAAUGCCUCGUUUGUUCAGGUCGCCGUAUUGUACGUUGCUCUCCUUGACUCUUUUAUUGUGUCGUCAUUAGCACAGUAUACAUGAUCCCAAUUCUAGCUCCAAGACGGUGGCAAUUUGAAAACCAGAAAAAGUAGAUUGUGCUGAUUUAUUGCCAUUGAACCAUGUAGCGCGCCGUAGUUUUAAAAACUCAGUGGAUAGUGCUAAAACAAUGACGUCAUAUCUGAAUUCUUUAUGCACCUUCGCCAUUGUUUAUACAUUAAAGAAGGAAAUGUCAACUUUGUGCUGAAAUGAUGAGUUUUUUCCUUACCGUCGAAAAGGAAUUCGGCUUCAAUCUAAAUCUUGACCUCCGAUCUCUCUCUCUCUGCUCUCCCUCCCCACUCGCUCUCUUUCUUCACUCUCUCUCUCCCCAGUCGUUUGUGCGCUGCAUCCCGGGCGUAGGGAUCUACUUCUCCACCUUCUACUCCCUGAAGCAGCACUACUUCCAGGAGGGCCGGGCCCCUAACGCUGGGGAGGCUGUGCUGCUGGGGGCCGGGGCCAGGGCCGUGGCUGGGGUCUGCAUGCUGCCUGUCACCGUCAUCAAGACACGCUUCGAGGUGAGAGCUUCUUCUCUGUGUUGUGAAUGGGGAUCAACUAAAAGAGAAGAUGGAGAGGGGGAGGAACUGGGAUUAAGGGAUGGUUGAGUGAUAGAGGUUGUUACAGCUAUAUGAGGAUGGAAUAAGACUGAGGGAAUGGUGUGGGAUGGGAGAGGUGGAGGGGAGAGGAGCAAGGAUGGAGGGGUGGUUCAGUGAAGGAAUAGAGGUGAGGGUUGCUAAAGCCUUGUAUGUUUAGGAUAGAUUAGGAGGAAGAUGGGCAUGAAUGGAUGGAAAAAGUGGUGAAAGGAUGUAUGAAUUAAGAGGAGGAAUGGUUCAGAAGGUGUAUGAGAGGAAAGGAAGAAUGAAGUCAGGAAGAAAACAAAGGAGGAAGGGUUGGUGGUUCAGUAAUAGCAUUGAACAAUCACUAGCAGACAAGGCUGGGACAUUUCUGGUGUCUGUGGGCUGGAGAUGGAAGGUAGAAUUAGAGAGAGGAUGAUGGUAGUAUUAGCAGCCUGCUACUGUAGAGAGAGAGGGAGGAGAUAAAGGGAGAAGAGAAGAGAGGGGAGGGAGAGAGAGGAGGUUAUCUGGUGGGAGAGCUGAUUGCCUUGGGAACUAAACGCUUCUAUCUGCAUUUGAAUAAAUGCUGUCAUGUUGGUUUUAUAAGGACUGAGGAUCUAGCUGUGCAUAGCGGAUGUGUCAAGACUACAAAUGUAACUGUGUCGCCUGCAAGCUUCUUCAUCUGUAUGACUAUGAUGUCUCAUCUAUUUAUUAAUGACGCUCCAUUGGGUUUCAGACAGUGUGGUGGAUAUCUAUCUGGUCUACUGUUUAAAUGUUGCUAUUUUUUUUAUUUAACCUUUAUUUAACCAGGUAAGCCAGUUGAGAACAAGUUCUCAUUUACAACUGCGACCUGGCCAAGAUAAAGCAAAGCAGUGCGAUUAAAAACAACAACAACACAGAGUUACAUAUGGAAUAAACAAAACGUACAGUCAAUAACACAAUAGAAAAUCUAUAUACAGUGUAUGCAAAUGUAGUAAGUUAUGGAGGUAAGACAAUAAAUAGGCCAUAGUGCAAAAUAAUUAAAAUGUAGUAUUAACACUGGAGUGAUAGGUGUGCAGAAGAUGAUGUGCAAAUAGAGGAUGGAUAUAGGUCUGUAACAGUUUGGAUCUAGAGUGUCACCCCCUUUGAAGAGGGGGAUGACUGCGGCAGCUUUCCAAUCUCUGGGGAUCUUAGACGAUACGAAAGAGAGGUUGAACAGGCUAGUAAUAGGGGUUGCGACAAUUUCGGCUGGUGGCCGGGGUAGGGGUAGCCAGGUGGAAAGCAUGGCCAGCCGUAGCAAAAUGCUUAUUGACAUCGAUUAUCGUAGAUUCAUCAGUGGUGACAGUGUUUCCUAGCCUCAGUGCAGUGGGUAGCUGGGAGGAGGUGCUCUUAUUACUCAGUGCAGUGUCCCAAAACUUUUUGGAGUUAGUGCUACAUGAUGCACAUUUCUGUUUGAAAAAGCUAGCCUUUGCUUUCCUAACUGAUUGUGUAUAUUGGUUCCUGACUUCCCUGAAAAGUUGCAUAUCGCAGGGGCUGUUCGAUGCUAAUGCAGUACACCACAGGAUGUUUUUGUGCUGGUCAAGGGCAGUCAAGUCUGGGGUGAACCAGGGGCUAUAUCUGUUCUUAGUUCUGAUUUUUUUGAGUGGGGCAUGCUUAUUUAAGAUGGAGAGGAAAGCACUUUUAAAGAACAUCCAGGCAUCCUCUACUGACGGAAUGAGGUCAAUAUCCAUCCAGGAUACCCGGGCCAGGUCAAUUAGAAAGGCCUGCUCGCUGAAGCGUUUUAGGGAGCGUUUGACAGUGAUGAGGGGUGGUCGUUUGACCGCGGACCCAUUACGGACGCAGGCAAUGAGGCAGUGAUCGCUGAGAUCAUGGUUGAAGACCGCAGAGGUGUAUUUAGAGGGUAAAUUAGUCAGGAUGAUAUUUUUUGUAUUUAUUUUUCAUGAUAUCUAUGAGGGUGCCCAUGUUUACGGAUUUAGGGUUGUACCUGGUAGGUUCCUUGAUAAUUUGUGUGAGAUUGAGGGCAUCUAGUUUAGAUUGUAGGACGGCCGGGGUGUUAAGCAUAUCCCAGUUUAGGUCACCAAGCAGUACAAACUCUGAGGAUAGAUGGGGGGCAAGCAAUUCACAUAUGGUGUCCAGGGCACAACUGGGGGCUGAGGGGGGUCUGUAGCAAGCGGCAACAGUGAGAUACUUAUUUCUGGAAAGGUGGAAUUUUAGAAGUAGAAGCUCAAACUGUUUGGGCACAGACCUGGAUAGUAUGAUAGAGCUCUGCAGGCUAUCUCUACAGUAGAUUGCAACUCCGCCCCUUUUGGCAGUUCUAUCUCUACAGUAGAUUGCAACUCCGCCCCUUUUGGCAGUUCUAUCUAGAUGGAAAAUGUUGUAGUUCGGAAUGGAAAUUUCUGAAUUUUUGGUGGCCUUCCUAAGCCAAGAUUCAGACACUGCUAGAACAUCAGGGUUGGCAGAGUGUGCUAACGCUAGUUGUGUAUUGAGUUAGUAUUCAGUCAGUGGAGGCUGCUGAGGGGAGGACUGCUCAUAAUAAUUCCGGCCAUUAUUAUGUGCCGUCCUCCCCUCAGCAGCCUCCACUGUAUUCAGCGUUGGGGUCAAUUCCAUUUCAAUUCAGUCAAUUGAAAUGGAACUGACCCCAACCCUAGAUGUAUUCCAGAGUGUGCGGUAUAACUAGGUGAGCUAGUGUAUAAUGUGGUGUAUUACUGUGUGUGUUUUGCAGAGCGGCCAGUACAACUACGUGAGCGUACUGGGAGCUCUGAAGAGCGUGUGUGAGACGGAGGGACCCAGGGCUCUGUUCUCUGGGCUGACGGCCACACUGCUCCGAGACGCCCCUUUCUCUGGCAUCUACGUCAUGUUCUACAGCCAGGCCAAGAGGUCCCUGCCACAGGGUAAGAGAAACCCAUUCGUCUGCCUUAAGGAUACAGUUGUCUAUGUGAGAGGAGGUGGAGAGCGAGAGACCACAAAAUGUCACACCGACACACUGAAUAGUCAAGUGUGUUAUUUCAGCAAGAUUUCUUUACAUUGGUGUAUGUUAGUGUAAACGGCUAUUAAACGCCAUGUUGGGGUAUUGCUUGCACUGAAUUCUGAGUAAUCCAGAAUAAUGACUUGUGUUUUCUAUUAGUGCCUAUGUAGGUCUCACAUUCUCUGUGUGGUCUCUUCCCUCAGAGGUGAGCUCAUCCCUCUAUGCCCCGUUGGGGAACUUUGGCUGUGGGGUGAUGGCCGGAGUCCUGGCCUCUGUGGUCACCCAGCCAGCUGACGUGGUCAAGACUCACAUCCAGGUCAGCCCCUCCCACUGGACCACCAAGGAAGCCAUUCGAUACAUCUACACGGUGAGGCCUGAAUCUUAAUGAAAAUAUACAGUACAUUAUUCAUUUCCUGUGUGUAAUGUACCGUUCUUGGUCUUCCUAUUUUUCCCAUUCUGAGGGUAUUUAUUCCAUGACAUAUAGCUAUGUAUUUGAAGCACUUGUUAUUGAAUGUACAUGUUCCUCCAAAAGCAACUGAACAUCUCUUCUUGCACACACUAUUCUAUUUACCAACUGAACAGUGAUUAAACGCUCCUCUUCUAUCUCCUUCAGGAGCAUGGUCUGAGGGGUUUCUUCCGUGGGGCUGUGCCUCGCUCUCUGAGGAGGACUCUGAUGGCAGCCAUGGCCUGGACCGUCUACGAACAGCUGAUGGCCCGCAUGGGACUCAAGUCCUGA